UUACAUGCAUUUCUCUCUACUUUCUAAGAAGUCAACAGUCAACUCCCUUAUCUGCCAGGCAUUAUGAUCUAAGUCUCCUCCUCCAAUUUCUUCUGUUCCAGAAGAAUUAACAAUGGAAAAAGCAGAACCAACUUUUCUUGUUACUCUCUUCAUCUCAGCCCUUCUUCUCGUCACACUCUUUUCUGUCACACCUCUUUCUCAACUCGCUUCACCAAUUUCUGCAAAAUUUCCUUUACCAUCUUUUGGCCACGACGAAGUCCUAUACGAUGACGUCUUUCCAACCUCCAUUGACCAACAGGAUGAUUAUGAGGAGAGCUCCCUCGACAUGCAGAGCGUGCUGCCAGCUUUCGACGAGAAUGAUGUGGUGGUCUUGGCAGAACAUAACUUCAGUGAUUUUGUUGCAAGAAAUCAGUACGUGAUGAUAAAUUUUUAUGCUCCUUGGUGUUAUUUUAGUAAGAAGUUAGCACCAGUUUAUGCUGCUGCAGCUACAAUGUUGAAGGGUAAGGCUGUUCUUGCAAAGAUUGAUUGCACUCAAGAAAUAGAGUUGGGCAGAAUGUUCAAGAUCAAAUGGUAUCCUACUGUGUAUUUCUUGGUUGGCGGUGGAGUUCAACAGGUUCUUUAUGACCCCAAAGAAGAAAGGACCAGGAAUGCUAUAGUGAAUUGGGUGAAUCACAAAAUGAACAUUGGUGCUCAAAAUUUGACAAUAUUGGAGGAUGCAGAAUGUGUAUUAGCGGCAAAACCUGUGAUGGUUUUGGGAUUGUUAGAGGGUCCGGAGAGCGAGGAACUUGCUGCUGUCUCAAAAUUACAUAUGGAUGUCUACUUCUAUCAAACUGCCAAUGUCGAUGUUGCAAAGUUGUUCCACAUCGACGAGCAAAUCAAGCGUCCAUCUCUUGUAUUGUUGAAAAGAGAGGGUGAAAAUCAUACCCAUUUUGGUCAUGAAGGUCAGUUCACCAGAUCGGCAAUAGCUGAUUUCGUAUCUGUAUAUAAGGUUCCUUCAGUGAUCACUUUCACAGUAGAGGAUGCUUCAAAUAUUUUUGAGAAUCCUAUGAAACAAUUAUGGCUUUUUACUCCUGAUGGAUCUUGCGAGGUUUUAUCCAUAUUCAAAGACACAGCAAAUGCUUUCAAAGGAAAGCUUCUCUUUGUACAUGUGGAAAUUGGCAAUGAAGGUUCUGUUGGAAGAAAUCUUGCUUAUGAAUUUAGUGUCCCCGAAGAUGCUCCAAGAGUUGUUGCUCAAUAUAAUACAGUCGAUGGUACCAAGAAGCAUGUGUAUCAUGGUGAAUUGACCUUGAAUGGUAUUAAGUCAUUUGCGGAGCAGUUUCUUGAAGGCAAGUUUCUGAGAACAGAAAAACACAUGGAGACAGUUCUUAGACUUCCAUCACAUUCUCAUACCUCUGAUCCAAGUUCCUUUCCACAAACAUAUUAAUCAUACUGACAAAAGAAUGUGUAAACAACUUCUGUGAAAGCAGAAGAUGAUCCUCUUGUAAUAAUGAUAAUUAGUAGGAAGAAGAAAAUCCACCAUCGCUGUCUUUCUUCUUGUUCUUCCUAUUUCCCUUCUCUUUCUGUCUUCAGUUUCUUUUCUUUUUUUCUUUUUCUUUUUCCCAUUUUCAAAAACUGUAAGGUCUUUAAUGUAAGGGGUUGCUUCGAUUUAUCAGUUAAAUUUAAAUAAUAUUUUCUCUCA